AUGGACGCCGCGCAUGGCGUUCACAUUGAGGGCGCCCGGCACUUCUUGACGGAGCAACUGUAUUCUUAUCCGGGCUCCCUGCCGCGCGCACUGACCUUGAGCGAGCGCGAGCGGGUGCUGCGGGUGCUCCAGCCCACGGCGACCUUCGAGAUGCUCAACCGGAUCCCAGCGGAGUUGGUGGAGGCCAAAAGUCAGGAAGGUCAAAAGCUUCGGAGGAAGCUCCUGGCGGGUGCCACCAUCGUCUUCUUCACCGCUGGUUAUGCCGGGAAGCGCUUCAUCUAUGAGCGGGCGAUGCAGCUGGGGGUGAAGAGCGUGAUCAUUGAGCAUCCGGACAGUUGGGCGAAGAGCUUGGUAGAUGAAGGCAUCAUCGCCAAGUUCAUUCCCAUCGACAUGUCACAGGAUGCCGACGCCGUCUUCCAGCAGUCCUUGGAUGCGAUCCGGGCCCUUGGGCAGGACCCGCUCACCUUGGACGCCGACGCCUGCGUGACCUUCUGUGAGCUGAGUGUCCCGGUGGUCGCGCGGCUCUGCGAAGUGCUGGGGCUGCCAGGACACCGCCCAGAGGCGGUGGACAAAGCUCGAGACAAGCACCGCACACGCGCGGAGAUGCGGCAGGCGGGGCUCCCCACGCCGAAGAACAUGCUGAUCACCGCGCCGGAGCAGCUGCCGGAGGCCGAGCAAACGGUCGGCUUCCCGGCAGUGAUCAAGCCCAUCAGUGGCGCCGCCUCCUUGGGAGUGAAGAAGGUCAGCAGCUCCGAGGAGCUCCGACAUGGCUACGCCGAGGUCGUGGCGGAGCUUUCGAAGCUGGUGGUCACCAGUGGCGCCUUGGCACAGGACGACGGCAGCGGCAAGGGCAUCCGUGCCGAGAAGGCCAUGGACUGCACCAUUCUCCUGGAGCAGUACCUGGAUGGUGGGGAAGUGGACGUGGACGUCGUCAUGAGCGGCGGCGAGUGGCGCUACGCGGCGGUCACGGACAACGGGCCGACCUUGGAGCCCUACUUCAACGAGACCUGGGCAGUUUGCCCAUCGCUCCUGCCGUCGAAGCAGCAGAAAGAACUGAAGGACCUGGCGGUGGAGACCUUGAAAUGCUUGGGCUUCACCGAAGGCGUCUUCCAUGUGGAGUGCAAGUACACCAGUCAUGGCCCCCAGCUCAUAGAGGUGAACGCGCGGAUGGGCGGUGGACAGGUCCAUGAGACCAACGAGCGCGUCUGGGGCGUCGACCUGGUGGAGGAGACCCUCUUCGCUGCGGCAGGGAUUCCCUGUCGGCCCUUCAUCGCCACAAAGGAUCCGCCUGGAGGUGGCGUGGCCUACUGUGACAUCAAUGCGGAAGUGAGUGGAACGCUUCAGAACUUGGACUUCUUGGUGUCCUUGCAGCAACAGGAGGGCAUCGUUUGGGCCAAGCCCUACGUGAAAGCCGGCACCAAAGUGGUGGGACCUCAGGAUGGCUUACCAACCUGGAUCGCGGAGAUCGUUGUGCAGCGGAGAAGCGCCAAAGAAGCUCUCGCCUACCUGCACAAGAUCCAAGCAGAGAUCAAGCCUGAGAUCCAUUGA